GACUGGAGGCGUUCCUCAUGCCCUCCUCCUCCUGCAGGGCCAGCAGACAGUGUGAACUUGAACAUUGACGGGCACAGCACUGAACGACACUCAAGACGCACAUCACUGCCGUUUUAUGAGGUCUACUAGGUUUGCCUGCUUCAUUCUGGUGUAGUUUUGGAGGAGCUUCUCUCACUAUGUCCAGACGCAAACUCGGCAGCAGACCGCAACACCUGAGUGUGAUGCAAGAUGAUCCAAAUUCCACACUCAUCCCCUCCAUCACCUCAUCAUCAUCCUCUGAGCAGAUACCUGAGCCUGAAGAUGGAGGUCGCGACCUGUUGACAUGUGGCCAGUGUGGUCAGGCAUUCCCGCUGGCCCACAUCCUCAACUUUAUCCAGCACAAACAGGGCGGGUGUGACACAGCCAGAGCCCGUCUUCAGGGCCACACUCCUCCCUCUCCAGCCAGCCGGACGGUGCAGUGUGGCCAAGGAACGAAGGUGGAGGCGGGUUAUGUGGAGCUCCGGCGGGUGACGGACAGGAGAUGGAAGGAAGAGCCAGGUGUGAGGGUGGAGGCCAACCGAGCUGAAGAGCCCUCCAUGUUCACCUGCCAAGUGUGUCAGUGUGUGUUCCCCAGCGCAUGGAAUCUCCUUCAACAUGCUCAGAAUACACAUUCUCUCAACAUCUACCAGGAGGACGACACCACCACACAGACGUCAAAACCGGCAGCCAUGAUGGAUCCACGGCACCUGGGUGCCACACUGGCCACUGCUUUCCAACCAUCUUCCCUGCGAUCAGUACGUCCUCACAAGCCUCCUCCCAGCUCCACACAUGUACCACGUGACCUGCAGGGCUUAAACUUCUCUAUGUGUUUGCAGCGCCUGGCAGAGGUCAGCUGCAACAGUGGCGGAGUGGUACCUUCUCCUUCCCCAUCUCCUCCAGCCGCUUCACCUUUUCCCCAGUCCACUCCAUCAAUUCACACAGCCUUCUCCUGUGAGAUGUGCAGCCAGGGCUUUCAGUCUCUGCGCAGCCUGUCCGCCCACCGCCGCACUCAUGCCUGCGAUAGGCCCUACCACUGUGGCCUGUGCCAGCUCACGUUCUCCCAGAGUGGUGAACUGGCACGACACAUGAGAAGCCACCGCCGUUCUGCUGCUGGACAGGAAGCAUCUGAUCCAAGCCCUGCCAGUACAGAUGAGGACAGAAAGAUAUCUGGACAGGGAGAUAAUGAUAUUUCUGGUGGUCAUGGAGGAAGCAUGGAGGCUGGGAAGCAUCCAGGAGGUGCCAGUCUGAUCUUGAUGCCCUUGCAGACUAGGGCUGUGGAUCGCAAGCUUCUGCGCUACUACCAGAGAGAAGUGGAGGAGGAGGUUCAGGGUGAGCCACAGCAGCCAUCUCCCUACGGCAGCCCCUCAGAGGGCUCUCUGGAGAGCGGAGAUACAGGUGGAAGUGGGGAAAGUGGAAUCGCCAGCGGCAACUGCACACCAAAGCGACCAGAGCGGGAAGAUCGUCCUCAAGGCGACUGGGAGCAAGAGGUUGAGGCUGUAGAGAUUGUUCAGGACUGGCAGCGGGAGAAUGAAAGGAGGCAGGUCACCAAUGGAAUGGGCAAAAAGAAAAAAGAAGAGGCUUGCGAGUUCUGUGGAAAAUGUUUCCGCAACAGCAGCAACCUGACGGUUCACCGGCGCAGCCACACAGGGGAACGGCCAUACCGCUGUGGCCUCUGCAGCUAUGCCUGCGCACAAAGCAGCAAGCUCACACGACACAUGAAGACUCAUGGCGCCCGUGGGACACGUGCCCCCUUUCAGUGCCAGCUUUGCUCUGUCCCGUUCACAGUCUAUGCUACACUGGAGAAACACCUCAAGAAGGUUCAUGGACUUACUCAUGCCAGUGUCAGCACCUACAGCCAGAGCUCACUCACUGAGUAUAACAGCCUCGGCAUCAAAUUAGAGGACGAAUCCAUCAGUGAUCAAUCAGGAGCUCCCAUCACAAUGCUCGCAGAUUCCAGUGUGGACCAAACAGAGCAGCUCAAAGAGGAGGAAACUGAGAUGAGGGUCAGCAGCACGGAUGAGCCACCUACCUCUGAGGAAAUGGGCACCACUGUGGCACUCUGUCAAACCACAAUUUAAAAUUAGCAGCACUUCUGCACAUGAUCAUGACCAAAACUACCGUGGCUCAGUAUGGCCCAUGACUCAGUGUGAGCAUCUUAUCAAAAAACCAAGCAGACCUUUCCUGUCUUCACCACAGUACUUACAGCCACUAUAGGGUGCAACGCCGAUUACUGACCAAGACUUUGAUUCAUAUCAGUACAAGUGCCUACUGUUAAAUCUAAUAUCGGAUGAAAUCUGACCCAACCACCGUGGUAAGGCACUUUGAAACCAGAGCAAAGACUAGUAGAGCACAAUCAGAGUAUAUGGAGAUGGUCGCAAGUCAUUUUAGCCUUUUGAUGAGCCCAAAAGACAAUCGGACAGAAGGACUGAGCAGCCUGCAUGUGAUCUAUCAAUGUGAUUUAAAAUUACACAAUGCAACUCUGAAGUGGAUACCUUGAGUUUACACUUUUGUUGCACUCUACCGCAGAGCCUUAAAGGUUCAUAAAACUCUGUGUAAAAAAAGGAUAUGGUGUACAUCAUGGGUGUCCAAUCCUGCUCCCAAAGAGUCUUGCAGCAUUUGGCUUCAACAUUGAAUAAACUAAUCAAGGAAUUAUACUGAAAAAACUUUCAUUAAGGUGUGUUGGAGCAGGCUUUGAUAAACUCUGCCACACCAUGGUCUUCCAGGAGCAGGAUUGGACGUCUUUGGUCUACUUAAGGAGCCUAUGGACAGCUUGUGUUUCCCAAAAUAUCUGACAGGGUUGUUUUCGUUUUUGAUGCUGUAUAUUAAAAAGGACUGAUUGGGUCUGUGGCAAUACAUGUUCACUGUCACUUAUCUAUGUUUAAGAACAUUUGUUUCACAUUUAGUAAAUAGUGUAAAUAUAUGCUGACACAUUUUGUGUCAUUUUGUAACCUACUCCACAAAAAUGUCACAUUGUUUUUUUUAUAGCAAGUCUACUGCACAACAGAAACAUUUUCACUGUGUUUUGUGAGCCUGUAUAGUUUGUUUUACUGCCAGAAAACAUAGAAAUGCUAUCAAAUGUUUUCUUUAUUUUUUGUUCAGUGGUUUUCCAGGUUGUUUUUUUGUCGUCAUGUGAAUGAAAAGUUUCAUUUCUGAGGAAAGACUGAGUAGUCAAUGACAGCGUUGACCUUUCUGAACAGUGGACCCACUGAGAGAGCACUUGUGUGUUUGUUCAUAUGUGACAAAGAGACCAGAUUUACGAUAAAUCUAUACAGGGAAAGAUUGCUUCGUUACAAUUGCUUUGUUUAUCAACGUCAGGGAACUGUUAUGUUACAGUUUAUAUUUGUGAUGACAAAUAAUGUAGAAUAAGUAAUAAACGGUAAUAAAAAAAGCUCUUUUUGUAUUAACAAA